GCGGGCAGCCCUGGAGGCCGCCCGCGACAUGUGGGCCGACUACGUCCUGUUUGUGGACGCCGAUAACAUCCUGACGAAUCCCGACACCCUGGCCCUGCUGAUGGCGGAGAACAAGACCGUGGUGGCACCCAUGCUGGAUUCCCGGGCCGCCUAUUCCAAUUUCUGGUGCGGAAUGACUUCCCAGGGUUAUUAUAAGCGCACUCCUGCCUACAUCCCUAUCCGGAAGCGGGAUCGACGCGGCUGCUUCGCUGUCCCUAUGGUGCAUUCCACUUUCCUAAUCGACUUGCGGAAAGAGGCUUCCCGGGACCUCGCGUUCUACCCUCCGCACCCCGAUUACACCUGGGCUUUUGACGACAUUAUUGUUUUUGCAUUUUCCUGUAAACAGGCAGAAGUCCAGAUGUUUGUUUGUAACAAGGAGGUUUACGGUUUUCUCCCGGUGCCGCUCCGAUCCCACAGCACCUUGCGGGAUGAGAUGGAGAGUUUCAUGCAUGUCCAGCUGGAGAUCAUGGUGAAGAACCCUCCAGCGGAGCCGUCGCGGUUCGUGUCCGUCCCGCCCAAGAUCCCGGACAAGAUGGGCUUCGACGAGGUUUUCAUGAUCAACUUGAAGCGCCGGACGGACCGACGUGAGCGGAUGCUGCGGACGCUGCACGAGCAGCAGAUCGAGUGCCGGGUCGUCGAAGCGGUGGACGGCAAAGCUAUGAACAGCAGCGAGGUCGAAGCUCUGGGCAUUAAAAUGCUGCCAGGUUAUAAGGAUCCCUACCACGGCCGCCCGCUCACCAAGGGAGAGCUGGGCUGUUUCCUCAGCCACUACAAGAUCUGGGAGGAGAUUGUUGAGAGGGGGUUGGAGAAAUCGGUGGUGUUUGAGGACGACUUGCGCUUCGAGAUCUUCUUCAAACGGCGCCUGAUGAAUCUCAUGGAUGACUUGGAGGAGGAAGGUUUGGACUGGGAUCUGAUCUACAUCGGGAGGAAGCGGAUGCAGGUGGAGCAUCCCGAGAAGUCCGUGCCCCACGUGCGGAACCUGGUGGUCGCUGAUUAUUCCUACUGGACUUUGGCCUACGUGAUUUCCCUGCAGGGAGCCCAAAAGCUGCUGGCAGCCGAGCCGCUCUCCAAGAUGUUGCCCGUGGACGAGUUCCUGCCCGUGAUGUUCGACAAACACCCCGUUUCAGACUACAUGAAGCACUUUGAAAGCCGGAAUUUGCUGGCGUUUUCCGUGGAGCCCCUCUUAGUUUAUCCAACCCACUACACGGGCGACGACGGCUACAUCAGCGACACGGAGACCUCGGUGGUGUGGAACAACGAGAAGAUCAAGACGGACUGGGAUCGCGCCAAGUCCCAGAAAAUGAAGGAGCAGCAGGAGCUGCGAAACGAGGCCAAGAACUCGGAUGUUCUGCAGUCCCCUCUUGACAGCACAGCCCGGGAUGAGCUAUGACGGGAUCGAGCCACUGCAG